AUGGAAGUUUAAAGUAAACUCCUCGUAAACGAAUAAGGCAGAUAAAUUAAUGGCAGAAUAUCAGCCGCAAUUUAAGAAAUAAAUAAUUUUGGAUUAGAUAAUAUUGUAUUGUUUUUGUGGAACAGAGAAAGUUUAAAAAUAGAUGGAAAUAAUAAUAAUUAGAUAUAUAUAGGUAAAGAAUCUUUAGACUACCCUAUGCCAGACUCAGAAGUUGUAACAGAUAUGCUUUUGAUUAAUUAAAAUAAGUAUUUAAUAGUCUGCCUUAGCGAUGGUCAGCUUUUCAUAACCAAAAAUAAUAUUUAGUCCUUUCAAAAUCAAAAUCAUAUAAUCAUUUAAUAAAAAUAAAGUGAUUUUUAUGAUGGUUAUUGUAGAAUUGCCUUUUUUCAGUAUGAAAAUUAAAAAGACCGCAAAUAGAAUAAAUACUAUUUGCUAGCUGUUGACUAUAAAAAUAAGAUUUCCAAAUACUCUUUCUCUUCAAUUGAAAACUGUUAAAUUACAAAUAGGGAAAAGUUAGCGAAUUAAUACAUUUUUGUUUAAUAUGAUUAAAUUAAUCAAGUCUUUUUAGCUAUGGGUAGUGACCUAGCAUUAUAUUGCUUUAAAAUGAAUGAUUUAAAUCAUAAUUUAGAAUAAUUUUAAAUUUAAUUUGAUAAGGAGGACCUUAAAAAUUUAGGCAUAAUAUCUGUAAAAGAUUUUAUUGCAUUUGACUUUCAAUAUAAAGACGAAAAAUAUUAAAUUUACAUUCUUGGAAAAUUGAUAGGAAUAUUUAGUGUAAGUAUGAAUGAUGUAGAGGAUAACUAAAAUAAACUAAUUGCGCAAAUUACAUUUUUAUUUGAUCCUUUUGAGAAUGAAAUUUGCAAAUUUUGUGAUAGAAAUUAUAUAUAAAUUUUUAGUGACAAAAGAAAAGAAAAAUUUGAUUCUUAAGAAAUUACUGUAAUAUACGAUAAACUUGCUCUUAAAUUUUAUAACUAAGAAGAUCAAUUUUUAAAAAUUUUUGACUUAAAAGAUUUUAAUGCUGAUAAAAAUCUUAAGAUUGAUAAGUAUAUUUGUCUUUAUGGAAACAGCUAAAAUAUUUCUUACAAUAUCUUUAAUUGCUCUGAUUGUUAAAAUAUAGAGGAUUCAUUUAAGUAAAUUAGCUGUGACAGAAUAUUUAUCAAUAAAGAAAAAUGA